UAUGGGCGUUGGCGAAUGCUUCUCUCCCCUCAGCUGAAGUGGGUUACCUUCAAAGCGUUCAUUAGAAGGGAGCAAAUUGGCCUUGAGCUGUGGUCCUGGAGUGGAAGGCCCCCUCCUGGGACCUGCAGUGAAAUUCAGAAAAGCACGGGGGAGGCAGGGCCAGCCCCUGGAGGCUGCCAAGGAACCUUUGCUUUUGCUUUGGUGUCUGAAGAGAGAAAAGAAGAGGUCAAGCCUUCCCAGGCUUUGGAGCAGAGUAGUCUCUCAAGGAAACAUGGCGUAGACUUAAAAGAAAUUGUGUUUGUCAUCCAGAGUCAAAGUAAUUCUUUUCAUGCCAAGAGGGCAGAAGAGCUGAAAAGAGACAUCUUAAAGCAGGCUGCAAAUCUGACACAGGAUCUCCCCAGAGUGCUCCUUCUCCAUCAGUUGGCAAAGCAGGAGGGUGCUUGGACCAUCCUUCCCUUGUUACCACACUUUUCUGUAACGUAUAGCAAGAAUUCAGCGUGGAUCUUCUUCUGUGAAGAAGAGACGAGAAUACAAAUCCGCAGACUCCUCGAAGCACUCAGGCGAUAUGACCCAUCUAAGGAAUGGUUUUUAGGAAAAGCAUUGCAUGAUGAAGAGUCGACCAUCAUUCACCAUUAUGCCUUCUCCGAGAAUCCUACAGCCUUUAAAUAUCCCGACUUCGCCGCUGGCUGGGCCCUUAGUAUCCCACUCGUAAAUAAGCUGACGAAGAGAUUAAAGAGCGAGCCCCUGAAGUCUGACUUCACGAUAGACUUAAAGCAUGAGAUUGCCCUGUACAUCUGGGACAAGGGUGGAGGCCCUGCCCUCACUGCCGUGCCCGAGUUUUGUACGGACGAUGCUGGUCCUCGCUGUGCCACCACGUUCCAUUCUGUUCUCCCGCUCUGUGGAACGCCAGUGAAAAAGGAGGAGGUUUUUGUUGCAGUGAAAACAUGCAAGAAAUUUCACGGCGAUAGAAUCCCCAUCGUCAAGAAGACAUGGGCGGCACAGGCAAGCCUUAUUGAAUACUACAGCGACUUCGCAGAAAGUCCCAUUCCUACCGUGGACCUGGGAAUUCCCAAUACGGACAGAGGUCAUUGUGGAAAGACGUUUGCUAUUUUGGAAAGAUUUCUGAAUCGCAGCCAUGACAAAAUAGCAUGGUUAGUCAUUGUGGAUGACGACACGCUAAUCAGCAUCUCCAGGCUCCGACGUUUGCUUAGCUGCUACGACUCCCGGGAUGCGGUGUUUCUGGGUGAGCGUUAUGGCUACGGCCUGGGCACAGGUGGUUACAGCUACGUCACAGGAGGAGGCGGCAUGGUCUUCAGCAGGGAAGCCAUCCGGAGACUUCUUGCCAGCAGCUGCCGAUGCUACAGCAAUGAUGCUCCCGACGACAUGGUCCUGGGCAUGUGCUUCAGCGGGUUGGGGGUCCCUGUGACCCACAGCCCCCUCUUCCAUCAGGCUCGGCCAGUCGACUACCCCAAGGACUACCUCUCCCAUCAGAUUCCCGUAUCGUUUCACAAACACUGGCACAUUGACCCGGUGGAGGUGUACCUCACCUGGCUGGCACCCGGCGAGGAGGGCGACGCCACACGGGAGACACAGAAGGAUCCAAGAGAAGAAUUAUAGACCCAGAACCUGGGAGGAGCAGGCGAAGAGAUCCGCCCCAUCGGCUGGGCUGUGGUUCGGCUGCUUGUGUAGGCCACAGGAAACAGACACGUCUCAGCCUGUGUGGAAAGAGGGUAUUUCUUGAUGGGUGGACUCUUGGGGGAAACUGGGGGAGAUCACUUGUUUUGAUGGAUGUUGUUAUUGUUAACACAGUGAUUACUGUGCCUUUUUUUUUUUUUUUCUGGGCUUUGUGACUGUCACAGGAAAUAAAUGGUACCGGAAGUCC